CCUUUGCUGUCUCAGAGGACAAGGUAGCUAUGAGUAAGGCUGUGGUAUACACAAGGAUAUCUCAUCUGUACCUCUGGCUGGAGAUAUUGAUCAUUCUUUCAUCAUGGCCCUUGACCGGGUAUGCUCAGCACACCAGCCUCCCAGAAGUAGUGAUACCCUUACAGGUCACAGGCAACAGACCAAUGUGGGCUAUGGGAUGGCUGACCUAUAGCCUUCACUUUGGGGGCCACAAACAUUUUAUUUACAUGAAGGCCAAGAAGGUCUUUGUAUCCAGACUCUUCUCUGUAUUCACCUACACUAAGCAAGGUGCUCUACAUAAAGACCAGCCAUAUGUCCAGCAAGAUUGUUACUACCAUGGCUAUAUGGAUGGAGACCCAGAGUCCAUGGUUGCUAUUACUACCUGUUAUGGAGGCUUUCAAGGACUAUUACAGAUAAAUGGCACAGUUUAUGAAAUCAAGCCCAAGAAACUUUCUUCUACAUUUGAACAUUUGGUUCAAAAGUUAGAAAAUGAGGAGACAGAAUUAUACCCCCUGAGAUGUGCAUUGACAGAAGAAGAGAUAGCAAGGCAAAUGAAGCUUCAGAAGAAUGAGAACCCCACUCUGAUGCAAAGCCAUUAUGAGGGAUGGUGGACUCACAAGCAUUUUCUUGACCUGGCAUUGGUUGUUGACCAUGAGAGAAUUCGUUAUCAUAACAAUAACACGUCUCGUGUGUUAGCAGAAGUAUUCAUCAUUAUCAGUAUAAUAAAUAAAAUUUAUCAGACACUGGAUGUUGAGCUAGUUUUACAAGGAGUUGAGCUGUGGAAUGAAAGAAACCAUGUGGCUGUGGGUGGCAUAGAGGACCUCCUACAGGAAUUUUGUAUUUGGAAGACUCUCAGCCUUAAUUUUCGUAUUCCAAAUGACAUUGGACAUCUUUUUGUGAACCAUGAUUUUGGUGUUUUCCUUGGUUUAGCGUUUAUUGGGAGUGUUUGUGUGCCAACUCAUAAUUGUGGAAUUGAUCGUCUGAUAGGACCUAAUAUUUUUUAUUUCGGGAAAAUUAUAGCACAUGAGAUGGGUCAUAAUUUGGGUAUGGAGCAUGAUACUGGCUCAUGUACAUGUGGAGUAAACGAUUGCUUAAUGGCUCCAACAGACAGUGGCAUCCCAAAGUUUAGUAACUGUAGUUAUUCUGACUUUUGGACAAUGUAUGCUACUGCCAAGUGCAUGCGCAAGGAAAAGAAGCCAAUACGCAACCCCAAAAUCAAGUUCUGUGGGAAUGGAGUGGUUGAAGACGGAGAGCAAUGUGAUUGCGGAUCUGCAGAAGUGUGUAAAACAGAUCCAUGUUGUAACUCCAGGUGUACCCUCAAUGAUGGGGCUGCCUGUGCUUUUGGGCUUUGUUGCUUACAUUGCCAGAUCACAUCAUCAGGCACAGUUUGCAGAGAAAAGGUCAAUGAAUGUGACCUUCCAGAAUGGUGCAAUGGAAGCUCACAUAUGUGUCCUAAUGACGUUUAUUUGCUUGAUGGGAGCCCCUGUGAAGAUGGUGGCUACUGCUAUGAAAAGAGAUGUAAUAAGCGAGAUGAACAGUGUAAGCAAAUCUUUGGCAAAGAAGCCAGGAGUGCAGCUCAGAGUUGCUACAGAGAACUCAACACCCAAGGUGACCGUUUUGGCAACUGUGGUAUGAUCAGAAAUGCAUACUUAAGAUGUAGUGACUCAGACAUCCUCUGUGGCAGAGUUCAGUGUGAGAACGUAAGAAGCAUUCCACUGUUGCAGGGGCAUUCCACUGUACACUGGACUCACCGCAAUGGUGUCACCUGUUGGGGAACUGACUACCAUUUUGGGAUGACAAUCCCUGACAUCGGUUUUGUGAAAGAUGGCACAGACUGUGGUCCAGAGCAUGUGUGUAUUAAUAAGAAGUGUGUCAGAAAGUCAAUUUGGGCAAGUAAGUGUUCACCCAAGGUAUGUAACAUGAAAGGUGUGUGCAACAACUUACACCACUGCCACUGCGACCGAGGGUGGGACCCACCAAAUUGCCUGAAAAUUGGCUUUGGAGGGAGUGUUGACAGUGGUCCUCCACCUGGGGAAGAAGAGGAACCCAAGGAAGAAAAGGACCUGACACUGAUUAUUCUGAUUCCUUUUGUUACUUUCUUAUUCUUUCCGUUCCCUUGGAUUUUUUAUAGGUAUGUAGCAACACCAAUGAUUGAGGAAGCCACUGUUUCUACUUCAGAGGAAGAAAAGGAAGAAGAGGAAGAAGAGGAGAGCAAUGUGGCAAGCAAUGAGUCAGCACAGGAACAGGUUGAAAUGUGAAAAGUAAUACAUUCUAAGCCUUCAUGACUUACCAGGGAGCUAUCAUCUCGCCAUGUGCAGCACUGCAUCUUUUACAAUUAGCUGACAGAAAUUUCUAGAGAUUCUUACUAUUUCAACGUGAAAAAUAACCUCUCAGCAUUUAAUAAAAGUGUAGGUCCUGGUACAUAA